UGCAGCAUUGCUGAUGACGUAACAGACGAAAAAAAACAUGGCGUCCGGACAGCAGUGGGUGUUGGUGGAAAUGGUGCAAGCAUUUUACGAGGCUCCUGCUUAUCACCUGAUUCUGGAAGGGAUCCUCAUACUGUGGAUUAUCAGACUGCUGUUUUCUAAGACCUACAAACUUCAUGAAAGCUAUAAACUGACCGAGAAGGAAAAGGAGGACCUGAUUGAGGAGUGGCAACCAGAGCCUUUAGUUCCUGCUAUUUCCAGAGAGCAUCCCUCCCUCAACUAUGUUGUGGUCACAGGACCUCCGAGCCACAAAAUUCUCAUUAAUGGAAAAGAAUGCCUUAAUUUUGCAUCAUUUAACUUCCUGGGUCUCCUUGACAAUAAGCGUGUUAAGCAAAAGGCUUUAGCAUCAUUAAUGAAAUAUGGCGUGGGCACGUGUGGUCCAAGAGGUUUCUAUGGGACUUUUGAUGUUCACCUGGAGCUGGAGAGUCGUCUGGCCAAAUUCAUGAAAACAGAAGAGGCCAUUAUCUAUUCAUAUGGCUUUGCAACCAUUGCUAGCGCAAUCCCUGCUUACUCCAAGAGGGGGGACAUCAUCUUUGUGGAUGAAGCAGCCUGUUUCUCCAUCCAGAAAGGUCUUCAAGCAUCCCGCAGUUUCAUCAAAUACUUUAAACACAAUGACAUGGAGGAUCUGGAGAGGCUGCUCAAGGAGCAAGAGGUGGAAGACCAGAAGAAUCCUCGUAAAGCCCGAGUGACCCGGAAAUUCAUUGUAGUGGAGGGACUGUACAUCAACACUGCCGACAUCUGUCCUCUCACUGAACUGGUGAGUCUCAAGUACAAAUACAAGGUGCGGAUCUUUCUGGAGGAGAGCAUGUCUUUUGGUGUGUUGGGAGAACACGGUCGAGGAGUCACUGAACACUUUGGGGUCAAUAUAGAUGACAUUGACCUGAUCAGUGCUAACAUGGAAAAUGCUGUGGCUUCUAUUGGAGGCUUCUGCUGUGGGCGCUCUUUUGUCAUUGACCAUCAGCGUUUGUCAGGCCAGGGCUACUGUUUCUCUGCCUCGCUGCCUCCCAUGCUGGCCGCUGCUGCCAUUGAGGCUCUCAACAUCAUGGAAGAGAAUCCAGAUAUUUUCACUGUUCUGAGAGAAAAGUGUAAACAUGUUUACAUGGAUUUACAGGGAACUCCAGGUCUGAAGUUAGUAGGAGUACCUUUUGCCCCGGCUCUUCACUUACAGCUGGAGAGAAGUUCAGGCUACAGAAACUCUGACCUGCAGCUGCUGCACAGCAUUGUGGAUUACUGUUUGGAAAAACAUGUGGUUCUGACCCUUGCUCGAUACCUUGAUAAAGAGGAGCGCUUUCUCCCCCCGCCCAGCAUCAGAGUCGUGAUCACCAUCGAACAGACGGAGGAGGAUAUCCAGAAGGUUGUGUCUUGCAUCAAAGAGGCAGCCUCAGCCCUCCUCAAAUGACAGUGUAGUAUUUGGUACUGUAGCUUGAGAAGGAGUCCUCUUCAUCGACUGGGUAGAAUAUCACUGUGAAAAGAGCAUGCCUCCUAGACGCUCUAACCCACAGACUGAGCUCUUCACUCUGGAUGUGACAUGAGGAUCAUUUUUGAUUGUCUCUUGAUAAUUCUCUACAUCAUGUGCCACAAGAGAGGCUUUAGCAGGACUCUCAGAACUCAUUUUUCUGCUGUAAACAAAAAUAACCUCCAAGCACUUAAAAAGAAAUGUUUGAGAAUUACACUUUCUGCAGACCAUGUGAGUUUAGAUUUUUUUUUGUACUGGCCAAAGAUGACUUUUCUUAAAAGAUGUUUGCAGUUGAUGUUAAGGUUUUAAAUGUCAAUGCUUGUUUUACCAGAAAUACACUCCUUUCUCACAAAUUUACUACUGGAUUAUUUGUUUGUUUUUUGUUAUGUGUUCCUUCUCUUUUGUUAGGUUACUGCAUUUCUGACCAUUUUACCCUUAUUAAAAGUCAAUAUAUCUCAUUUGAAA